AUGUCCUAUCCGCCACCACCAGGUCUAAAUUCUACUCCUUCGCCGCAUCCUUCGCCGCAUCCUUCCCUGCCCGCACGACCACCUCCAUCCGCAAAUCCACAAGCAGGUUUUAAACCUCCCUUCAACAAUAACAACAAUGUCAGUUCAAGACCUCCUGCAUCCGGAGGAUAUGGUGGCUUUGCUGGAUUUGCUCCCAGAUCGGUAGCUGCUCCACAACAACCAAGCUAUCAAGGCUAUCAACAACCUUCUCCUGCAUAUCAACAACCUCAACCAUAUAAUCCAUAUUCCGGUGCAACACAACAAGAAGCUGCAUAUGGAGCCGCACCUCAAAUUCGAAAUCCUUUUGCGCCACCGACGGCAUCUGCAGGACGUGGUAUGGGUGGAUUUGAUGAAGAUCCAGAGAUGGCAGCACAAAUAGCACAAUGGCAAAGCGCAUAUGCUGGAAAGGAAACAAAUGCGACUGCGGUUUCGACUAAUGGGUACACUGGAGCUGUUCGAAAGUAUCCAACUACUGGAGAAGGUUUCACAUCAGCAUCAAAUGCGAAUGCGACACCAUUAGGUAAAACCGAAGCUGGGCCCAGCAUGACUUCACAAGCAAUUACGAAUGCCGCGCAUAACGAUACGGGUGUCGCAGCAAUUGUGUCAGAUUCCAAGACAAAUCAAAAAACUGUUGUACGAACAGGUGGUGGUUCACAAUGGACCGAUUCUUCUCUUCUUGAAUGGGAUCCUUCUCAUUUUCGCCUUUUCGUUGGUAAUCUUGCUGGUGAAGUCACUGAUGAAUCUUUACAUAAAGCAUUCUCUCGUUGGACAUCUUUACAAAAAGCACGAGUGAUUCGAGAUAAACGUACUACGAAAAGCAAAGGAUAUGGAUUUGUUAGUUUCAGUGAUGGAGAUGAUUUCUUUCAAGCAGCUAGGGAUAUGCAAGGAAAAUAUAUUGGUAGUCAUCCUGUUCUUUUAAGAAGAAGUACUACCGAGAUCAAGGCUGUUACAUCAAAGGAUAACAAGCAUGGAAAGAAUAAUAAGAAUAAGGGUAAAGGUGGUAAUAGGCAUGAUGGAGAACAAGGUAAUAAAGAUAAGACUGGAGCAGGUAUUCAAAAGGCAGGAAGUAAAACUAAGAGUGGUUUGAAAGUUUUGGGAUAA